ACCUCCUGCUCUCCCUCACACGUACAGCUUCACCACCGUCACCCAGUGUCUGUUGACUCAUCAUGAAGGUCCUGUUGAUGAUGGUUGUGUUGGUCGUGGUAGCCAUGGCCGCCGCCCUUCAUUCAGACAUCAUUGACAUCGACGAGGCCGACAUGGAGCACGAGCAGGAGGGCGUCCCAGGCACGGUCGUCAAGGGCGAGUACUCGUGGGUAGCGCCCGACGGUAGCGAGCACGAGAUCAAGUACGUCGCCGACCACUUAGGAUACCGUGUCGUCGAGGACAACGCCUGAAGUAGUCGAAACUGAUGAUGUCAAGGUACCAUAAGGAGGCGAGGAGUAGGAGUAGGGGUAAGAGGAGAGGGAGUAGGAGGGGGAGGAGGAGUAGGAGGGAGUGAAGUAGGGGUCAGCACCUCUACUGUUAUCAUCCUCGUCCACAAGGUUUAUUUGGUCUCGUCAUAACACAGCACUACUACAGGUGAAUUAUAAGAGUUUAAUUACAUAUCAUAUAAUAAAGUUUAUAGUGAGUAUUA